AUGGCCGCGGAAACUGUCGUUUCCAAUCCCGGCGCAAGCUCCGGUGCCACCAAGAAAUCGCGGGAGAGCGAGCGCCGUCGACGUCGCCGGAAGCAAAAGAAGAUCAAUAAUAGUUCGAAGGAACCAGAUGCAAACGCCUCCGAAGUCGUUAACGACACAACCACUGAAUCACAACAGGUUGUCCAACUAGUUGAAAUUGAGUAUGUCCCGGAAGAGGUAGACGAAGGCUUGGAUGAGGAAUUUAAAAAAAUCUUUGAAAAAUUUAGUUUCAACGAGGUUACUGGUACAGAGGAUAAUGAUAAGAAGGAUGAGUCAGCAGAAAAUUCAAUUACUAAUAAAAAGGCGAACUCUGAUUCUGAUUCUGAAGAGGAAGAAAACGAUAACGAGCACAAAGAGAAAGGUGUCUCCAAUAAGAAGAAAAAGCUUCAACGCAGGAUGAAGAUUGCCGAGCUAAAGCAGAUAAGCUCAAGGCCAGAUGUGGUUGAGGUGUGGGAUGCUACUUCAGCAGAUCCAAAGUUAUUGGUGUUCUUGAAGUCUCAUAGAAAUACUGUACCUGUACCUAGGCACUGGGGAGCAGUUGUGGCAAUCACCAAACCUGGAAUUGGGAAAAGAGGUAUUGAGAAACAGCCCUUUCAGCUUCCUGAUUUUAUUGCUGCCACAGGAAUUGAGAAAAUCAGACAGGCUUAUAUUGAAAAAGAGGACAGCAAAAAAUUGAAACAAAAGCAACGGGAACGGAUGCAACCAAAAAUGGGGAAAAUGGAUAUUGAUUAUCAGGUUCUUCACGAUGCAUUCUUUAAAUAUCAGACAAAGCCAAAGCUGUCAUCUCUUGGGGACCUGUAUCAUGAAGGAAAAGAGUUUGAGGUAAAGUUGAGGGAGAUGAAACCUGGCAUGUUAUCACACGAGUUGAAAGAAUCUCUUGGUAUGCCUGAGGGUUCUCCUCCUCCAUGGCUUAUCAACAUGCAGAGAUAUGGUCCUCCACCAUCAUACCCUCAUCUAAAGAUCCCUGGCUUGAAUGCUCCCAUUCCCCCAGGAGCUAGUUUUGGUUAUCAUCCUGGUGGCUGGGGCAAGCCUCCUGUUGAUGAAUUCGGGCGUCCACUAUAUGGAGAUGUUUUUGGUGUUCAUCAGCAAGAUCAGCCUAAUUAUGAGGAAGAGCCAAUUGAUAAAACCAAACACUGGGGUGACUUGGAAGAGGAGGAGGAGGAAGAAGAGGAAGAAGAGGAGGAGGAAGAGGAAGAAGAAAUGGAGGAGGAAGAACUUGAAGAUGGUACUCAAUCUGUUGAUAGCCUGUCAAGCACACCCACUGGGGUGGAGACACCUGAUGUUAUUGACCUUCGUAAGCAGCAGAGGAAGGAACCUGAAAGGCCUCUUUAUCAAGUUCUUGAAGAAAAGGAGGAAAAACUUGCUCCUGGAACUUUGCUUGGAACUACACACACUUAUGUGGUUGGCACUGGCACUCAGGACAAGUCAGGGGCUAAAAGGGUUGAUUUGCUUAAAGGUCAAAAGACAGAUAAAGUGGAUGUCACUUUACUGCCAGAGGAGUUGGAUGCCAUGGAGAACGUUUUACCUGCAAAGUAUGAAGAAGCAAGGGAGGAAGAGAAAUUGCGGAGUCAGCGUGAGGAUUUCAGUGACAUGGUUGCUGAGAACGAGAAGAAGAGGAAGAGAAAGAUGCAAGAAAAAGAUGGCAAGUCCAAGAAGAAAGAUUUCAAGUUUUAA